AUGGCGGAUUUUGUCAAGGUCUACACGACCGUGCCAGAGCAGCUCUUGGCGCUUUUGACUAAUCAACUGCCCUACUCGCUACCGCUCCUUCGACGUCUUCAGUUUACCAAGUCUGAAAAUGGCCUACGAGAGACAGAAAGAGUCAUACUGGUAGCGGAAUCCUUACUUGAGGAUGCUGUGAACUUUCCGAAGAAAUUCACUGCGGCAUAUCUCGACGUUGCAGGUGGCCCUGACACGCAAACGUGGAUCUACUCGACCCUCGAGCAUCCCGGUAACGCCGAUAUCAACGACUCAGCCGUCUAUGAGCCGCAACUUCAUAAAAUAAUCGAGGAGAGUGUUUUGAUAGCAAAGACAUAUGGGCGCCCCCUCGUUUAUGGCGAGGCUGUUAAGCUCGGAACAUUACACGACUCAGUCCGAGAUCUACUCUCCAAGACAGGUCGUGUUCAACCUCGUGGAACAGGGCCUUAUGACAAAUGGCUUUUCAAGUACGAAGAUCUUCCAAAGGAGGAAACAGAUUUGCCCGAGGGCAUGUAUUGGGGAACGGCGACUGACGAUGAUUGCCGAGUUGCCAUCUCCCGAACAAAUAUUCCGAGAUCAGUGCAAGUCUUGAGACGCAUGCCAAGCUUGGUAAUCAAGCUCGAUGACGGAACGCCUAUCUCAUGGGCUUUUCUAGGGUUCGACGGCUCACUAAUGAGCCUCCACUGCGAGGAGCCGUAUCGCCGACGUGGUCUUGCCAAGACACUUGCUGCGAAGUUGUUUCGUGAAAAGUCUCUUGACUUUGCUGACGAUGGCUGGUGUUCUGCUGAUGUGGCGCCAGACAACGAUGGAAGUCGAGGAAUGUGCAAGAGACUGAACGGAAAGCCGGCCUGGAGGGUUUCAUGGGUGUUGCUAUUUGUCGGAGAGAAGCCGCCAAGUGAAACCAAUGGUACCAGGAACGCAUGAUGGACUCUGGGAGUUCUUGAGCGAGCAAAAGAUUUCUCUGGACGAAUGCUAGGUGCAUGGGCCACAG